GUCAAAAGAAACGAAACUAUGAAACUAAUGUCACAACUCACAAUAGAAGUCCCAAAAUUAAUAUUUUUCUACUGAGAAAUCGUAAUAAUAAUGGAUUUUUCUUAUCCUUGUUGCAUUUGAGUUGGAGUUGUAUGUAAAAAGAAUGUGUGAAAAAUACUGAGAGACUAAAGUGUUAGUAUGGAUGGUGGUGACAGGAUUUUAGUGGCCGCAGGGCUCACUGCGGCGGUGGUUGUAGGAGCCUUUGUGCUUUGGGGGCCUGGAGGAGCUCCUAGAGUUCGCAAGCGUCGAGGGCAGAUAGCAGGGCUCCAGAACUUGGGCAGGACCUGCUUCUUGAACACCUUAUUACAGGCGCUCGCAGCGUGCCCUACAUUUAUUGAGUGGCUAAAGAAGUACGCUAAAGCAAAUGCCCAUAAUAGUAUGAUUACGACACUGUAUACAGUUAUUGAAGUGGUAAAUGGCACACACGAAUCAGCACGUGGCACGCCAGUUUGUCCCCUGGGUGUGCUGCAGUCCCUCAGAGCGGCGGGGUGGGUAGUGCCCGCAGACCAGCAGGAUGCUCAUGAGCUGCUGCAUGUGCUGCUGUCCUGCAUCGAGGAGGAGACUGCUGCUAUGGCUAAGAAGCCGGGCUGUCUGUCGGACGCGCUGGGGCUGGGCGGCGCGCGCGCAUGGUCGGCGCUGGCGUCGCCCGCGUCGCCGCCCGCCGCGCCGCUGUCGCUGCGUGGCGAGGGCCCGGCGCGCCCCGCCCGCCCUGCCUCCGCCGCGCCGCCGGGCGAACCCGACCUGGCUGAUCCUGACGAGCCAGCCCCAGAGCCGAUGCAGCUGAAGAAAGGCGUGUCGCGCUCGUUCUGCCACCUCAGCUCCGUGGGCAGGCGCUGGGCGGCCGCGCCCGCCCGCCCGCCCGCGCAGCCGCCCACACGCGGCACCCUGGCGUCGCGGACGCACUGCACAGUUUGCUCUACCAAGAGUCCCGUCCGUUAUGACAAGUUCGACAGCAUCUCACUGUCCAUGGCGAACGCUAGCACAGGACUCUCGGGCACAUUUAGCUUAUCCGCUUUGCUGCGCGCGUUCACUGCGCCGGAGAUGGUGAAAGGCGUGCGCUGCACCAAGUGCUGCCCCGAGGACGCCGCCGCGCCGCCCAACAGCGAGCACGCCUACACCAAACACAUACGCACCGUCAACUUCGGCAAGUUGCCGCGCUGCCUGGUGCUGCAGAUAGCGCGCGUGGAGUGGCGCGGCGGCGGGCCGAGCAAGCGCGGCGAGCAUGUCGCCUUCCCGGAAACGCUGUGCAUGGCGCCCUUCGCCGCGCAGCAACGACCACAGCCAGACCUAGUGUCCCUGAUGGGCGAAGGUCGCCUGCGAAGUAGUCUAUCAGUCCUCAACGCAUCGGCGAGCAACGCAGCGGACGACCGCGCGCUGUACCGCCUCACCGCCGUGGUGGUGCACGUGGGCGGCCCCAAGUCCGGCCACUUCGCCACCUACCGUCGCGGGAACGGGUUUGAGAGCAAACGAUGGUGGUACACGUCGGACACGCUAGUACACGAGGUGUCGCUGCAGGAGGUCCUGCGCUGCGCCGCAUACAUGCUGUUUUACGAGAGGCUCAUCGACCCCCCACCGCCCAUCACUACGCACUUUUAAACUACGGAGCUAAAGCGACGAAAAGAGUGAAUUGCCAGUUAACGUGCAGAAUGUGAGGUGAACCCCUUGGCACGAAGAUCAGAGGUAAUUGCGAUCGUCACACUGUAACUAUCAGACUACGGCGAUAGGCCUCCAGUACUCUGUGCUUUCGCCUCGCGUUUUUCGAACGAUGUCUUAAAACGCAAGUUUUAACUGUCUCGCAUUUCUAAACGUUUUUGAUCUUUAUGAUCCAUCCCUUUAAAAUUGAGUGAAUUCCUAAUAGCGUCACGAUUUUUCAUAAUGAUGCACUACUCGAGGACAUGAUUCAAUCCGUCAAUAAAUAUUCAAUAACAUUAUUUGUUUCAAUCAUUUUAUAGAAGCGUCAUAUUGAUCAACUUUUUAAGUCUACAAAAAAUAUUCCCUCUAGAAAUUCCGGAGUAUAAAUAAUGACUAACUACGUAACUCCUCGAAAACUCCUUUAGCUGCAUAAGAAUGUUGGGUAAAAAUCGGUUCACACGUUUUAAUCGAUAGUUCGGAUAAACCGAUAGACUAGAUCAACAGGCGUUUAAGUUUUAUUAUAUUAAUAACUCAUACUUUAACUGAAAAUUAUAAUAUGAACUUUACAAUGGACACUUAUAAUAAAGUCAUAGACAAAAAUUCAAUUUUAUUUUUGUAUAGACAUUGAAAUAUGUUUCGCAAUAUUUAUUGACAGUCUGAACCUUAAAACAAUGAUAUUUGUAUAUAUCGAGUCUCCUUACUCGACUCAUUUUUGAUAUUUGUUACUUAUGUACUUAUUACCAUUAAAUAGCUUUGAGUACAAUGGGUUACUUGUUUUACAACAGUGCCCUAAUAAAAAUGGCUUAUACAUGAUACUAGGCCGCGGAUACACUUACAACUUACAUGAUUAACUUACGACUUUACUUAUGUAAACACUUAUGAGUACAUUUAUAGUGCGGCCGUUUUAAGUUUGCGUUUUUGACAUGUGUUAGUUACAUACAAAAUAAUAUUGUGUGCUCUCUCGCACACAUUAUUGUUUAGGUGUCAAAAACGUAUACUUAAAACGGUCGCUCUGUACCUUAGUUUUAUUGCCAAUUAACUACGCAAGUGACUUACGUGAGUAAAACUUACAGGUGUAAUCGUGGCUUUAUGUGAGUUGUAAGAAAUAAACACGACUGAAUAUGGUUGUUCUGAAAUGAACUUAUAGUUUAGUGAUAAUACGUAUGUGUUAGACAUUUAUAUAUUUUACAAGUGUGUACCUACUAUAGUAGCGAAGAAUUUAUUAAAAUGGAAGUUUGUAAUUAUAUUAUUGUUUAGAUUUUAGAUAUUAUUCGUUUUAAUGUUGAUUGAAGCAUUAUUUAUUUGUAAAUAGUACGCUUCAAGCCAUGUUGAUACGGAUGUGGUCACAUUGUUAUGGCUCUACUUUAGUUUGACAAUUGUUCAUUUCUGUAUGCACCUUAUAAUUAUUUAUCAUCGAGUAUGUAACCCUUAAAGCAGCCAUACGCGUACGUAUUGCUUAGUAAAAGUUUUACCACUUGUUCUGGUAUUGGUAUUGAUUCUAAUGGCAACUGAAUUCGAGAGUAUUCAAAUCUUUUUUUACCAAAAUGUUAAAAGAUAAGGAAAAACAAAUGUAUUUUCAUUUAAAACUGUCAAAUAUCGUGACUUAGUUGCCAGUCUUGCACAUAGCCAAUUCAAUUGUAAAAUUCUUUUUCAUUUUUCCGUCCUUUUUUAGCAAAAGAUGUAGGACACUUUAAAUUUAGUUUAAAAAAGACAUCAGAAUCAAUGCCACUAUAUUAUUACACCUUAUAUAUACUUAACCAAUAAAAGAAUAAAGAAGACGAAGAAAAGUCAAAGAACGCUUUUUUAUCUAAGAUGGACUGAGUCGCAAAUAAAAAAAAGGGUUAUGUGCUUAACAUGGAUACCUCCACUAGCAUUUGAAAUUACUCGUAUUUUCCUAUUGCAUUUUUGGAAACGCUAGAAACAUAUCUCUCGUGAAUUUUCUACGAAACGUUUUUCAUUCUAUAAUGAUGAUCUAAAAUUCUAUAAUCCUGCUUAAUUAUUCUAAAACUUUGGGAAGCCAUUUUGUAAAAAUAAAAGUACUUACCGAGACUUGUAUCGACAGAUAGUUUUUACAACAAUAAUUUAGUUUGUACCUAAUGAAUACUAAACCAUUUAGAAAAGAAUGGAAUAAUAUUUUAAACUUUUUUAAACUGAUAAUUUUGUCAAGUUUAGUUUUUAUAAACAUUUUUUUUUGUUUUUUUGGUGUGUAUAGUUAAAUUAUCAAAAAAUAUGUACUUACUUAAACUAUUUAUUAAUUUAUAUUUUUUUACUGUAAUACCUAUUGUAUUUUUAUGUUUGGUGAAAAAUUUAUCUGUCGAUAUACCUAUGUGUACAUUUUUAUAUGUUUAUUGUCUAAAAACGUUGGCGUCCUUGAUUCUCCUUAAUAAUACUAAGAUGUUAGGUUAGUAUAUAACUAACUUUGCUGGUUCUAAAUUUUUUUAUGUAUUUGCUUACAUAGUUUUUAUGUAUAACAUAUUAUUGUUGUGUUUAUUAGUUAGAGGUAUAAGUCAGGAAUAGCUGCUUGAAGUGCCUCCACCUGAUAAUGAUAAUUGCAAAAAGAAGAUAAUGAGAUAUUUGGUUAGUCUGGGUGAUUAGUUAACUAUUAUUUUUAAACUGACGGGACUAAAAGUAGUGCAAUUCCAGUCACAAUACUCUUUAGAGAAGAAUGGCAUGGUUUUUCGUACCUCCAAAAGUCGUACCAUUAUCUGAACAUAUUUCUUUUGGUAAACCCUGUGUUUUCGAAAAUCAUUGAAAACUUAAAAAGUGCUAUGUAUAAGUUGCCAUAAAAGAGGCUGUUUUGUAACAAAUGAUAAUAGUGGUUAAGAUAAUGUUACAUCUGCUUAAUAUUAGAUAGCAAGUCUGAUAUUGAAUUUUAUCAAUCGUUGAAUUAAGUCUGUAUUUCUAAAAUUCUAAACUAUGCUCACUUUUGACCCUUAAGAGCACUAUAGACUUUAAAAUAUGAUCUUUUGUAAAAAGAACAAUAUCAUAAAAUGUUUUUAAAUAUGUGA